GAUUACAACAAUUAGUGUGAUUUGAAUUAGUGAUUUCUUUUUGUUUAGACUAAGUACCCUCAAUUGGAAGGAAUGAAUAUGUGCUUUACUUGCACAGUAGUGUUCUCAAGACUACAAAAUUGUACUAGUAUACUCCCAAAGAAAAUACUUUCACAAAAUGUGUGUUUAAAGAAACACAAAAAUUUGAAACAUUUCCUUUUCAUAUGCUUUCAUUAUUUUCAUGAAAUAUUAAGGAUCAAGUGUUAUGGAGGUUGAGUUGGGACUCAAAAUCACAAGAACAAUAGAUGACACCACUUCCAUUUCUGAUUUUCAUUUUGCUAAAGAUAGAGCAGGACCUGUUUUCUUAUCUAAAGAAACUGAUGCAACUUUCAUCCUCACCACACAUCUUAAAGGUUAUAAGAAAGAGAAUAUAAAAAUAAAUAUUAACAAAGAUGGUACAAAGAUUUCAGUGAGUGGUGAAAAGGAGGUGCAAGAAAUGCAAAUGAUACCAUUCAAGAAAGAGUUCAAAUUAAAAGGGUUUAGAAAGAAGUUUAAAAUUCCUAAUGGGGUGGUAUUGAAUAAGAUCAAAGCAAAGUAUAAUGAAGAGGAAGGAGUGUUAACAAUAUUGAUGCCAAAAACGGAAAUAACAAAAGGAGUUUUGAGUGGGGUUGGAAUAGAAGAAGUGAAGGAAGAAGGGGGUGCUAAUAGUAAUAGCAUGAUAUCAGAACAAGAACAAAGUGUAGAAAAAGAAGAAAAGGUUUUAGAUCAUAAGACUGAAGAGGAAAAGGUUAAGGUGAAGAAGAAACGUCCUAAAAAACCAUGGCAACCUUGUCCUCCUUUGAUGCUUGGAGGAUCAACUUUGCUUGUUUCAAUUAUCUUUCUUGUAAUGCAUUAUAUUAGAGUUAAAAAGAGUUGAUUUUUUUAAGUUGAUUCAAAUUAGAUGUUUUGUUUUGUUUUUUAUUUAUUUGGGAGAAUACAUUAAAGUUUUCUAGAUAUAUUAGUUCAAUGCCCUUAGCUAUGAGAUUUAUUACAAAUUCUAGAA